CUUUCAUCCUGAAGUUGUCAGGCCAAAACCCUUCUAAUACCGUUUGCUAUAUAGCACAAGUACCAUAGUGAAAGCUCUUAACUUUACAGAACAUGAGUUUUUUCAAUGAGUCAAGCGCUUGCCAAGCAGCUUCAAAUCCUUUGAGCAAAAUUGUCGAUACGACUACUAAUGAACGUCAUAAUACAAGUGGUUUCAAUAACUUUCAAAGUGGACGAAGUGCACAAGUCCAGAAUAAUUUAAAUCGUUUUCAAAACGUAGACAAUACUGUUCAGCAUGAAUAUAACAACUUUUCAAACUCGGGUCAAAAUUUUCACUUGAACAAUGAGUUUAGUUUACAUGAUGUUGGGCUAAAUGAGCCGCAACAGUCACAUAUCCAGCAAGCAAAUUUGCACAUGCAGUCACAGCCAAACAACUGGGUGUCUGAUUUCCGGUCUUUUUCUUUGUCAGACGCCGCUCCUCAACAUUUGCAGCAACAUCAAAGCCAACAAAGCUACCAAGGUCAAAGCCAGCAGCAUGCUAAUCACCCGUUAUCGUCCAUGAACCUUUAUGGGCAUCAGAUGCAAAGUCCACACAUGAGCUCAACAACAAAAGUUUCUUUAGAUGCGCAGCAGCAACAGAAUCGUCAGUCCUCAACAAAUCUCAUGGAAAUGAAUAACGAAUUCGACAGUGCUUUCAGUGAAUUAGAAAAUGAAAUUAAUACAACAUCUGUUUCACAGAACCAGUCUGCAAAGGAGGAGGAAGAAAACAGCAAAGUUGUCAAUGAAGAAGAAGAUAAGGUAAAGUUUGCGAUCCUUGCUCAAAACGUAUUUAAUAUAAUGAACAACACUCCAAAGCACGUGUCCUCUAAUACAUCCAACAAAUUCAAACAAAGUGGCUUCAUGCAACUUAUGAACAAAAUCUCAAAUCGUGAGAUUGAAAUAAGCAAUGACAAAAAGAAAUUGGUUGACCAAGAUGGGAAUGAUAUCCGCUCGGACCUUUCAAAUCCUCUGGCUAACCUUCAGAUGAAUGAUAUUUUGGAGUCAUCUUUCGAUUCCGCCUUAAAAGUUUCUCAAACCACAGCAGUAAAAGUUGAUUCAAAUUCAUGGCAAGGAGAUUUUGCUUGAAAUGGUACAUAAUUUAUAUUGUAAUUAAUAGGUUAAUUUGCAUUUGUAUUUUCAGGUUUAUAUUAUUGAAAAAAAUAUUAUUGACUCUUUCUUC